GAGCUAUGAGAUCAAACUAGUGAACUUAGAUUCGUGUUAGAGAUUGGUAAGUUGUUUUAGAGGGGUGAAAAUGUAAAUAAGUCUUUGAUAAUUUGAUCACCGAAAUUUCUUUGGGAUUAGAGAGACAUGAGAGUUUGUGAAAGUAUGGACAACACACCGGGACAAAUGCAUAGAGACUAGAGUUGUGAAUUGGUGUGGUCAUGUGAAUUAUUAAUCUUUCAACACUGUUCCUUGAAUACAACAAUUAAAAAGUGGAAGACGCCGUGGAUUUAGCCAAACCUCUUGUUCCUGAAAUCCUAUAUAGUUUUGACUUCCGACAACCUUCCUCUUGUUGUUAUUGUUUUGUCAUAAGCCCCAACAGGAUGAUCUAUUUGUCCUAAACGGCAACACGAGUCUGGUAAAUAAUCUUAUCGGAUCAUUUGGUAUUGAAUGAUAUGAUGUGUGUUAUGAAAGUAGACAAACUCCACAAGGCAAGUAGAUUUAUACAGAGCCUAUCCAAAUGCUUUAUCUAUUCCACACACUUUGUCUGCUCCACUAGUUCAACAUGACCAACCUUUUUAAUGGAUGGUAAACGUAAUUAGUUGCACAAAUCUUUUGUUCUUCAAAAAUUCUUGUUAUAGUUUUGAUGAAAUAUUUGUUUUUGGGAUAAAGUCUGGCAAGCUAAUUAUUCCUGUCACCAACAGUUACUAAAGUGAACUUUUGCCAACCCUUCUCCAUUCAUAGCUUCUUCACCUUUAUUCUCCAAUUCCAUAUUGGCAUCAAUCAAUUAAAAUCGAAAACCAAACAAGUAAAGCCGACAAUAAUCUCUUUUGUACCACAACCUUUUGUUUUUUCCCUAAUAGAAAAAUGACAAUAGUUUAUUAUUACCACUACCAAACUCCCAAUGACUUAAUACAUGUAUAUAAGCAAAGAUUCAUCAAAAGGUUAAAAGUGCAAUGAGAAGUGAGAAACGAAGCACACACACAAGAUCCAAUAUGGAAGAAGAAAACAACACAAUCAUCAUGACGUCACUCUCUACUCUUUCUCCUUCACACCUCACGAAUCUUACUCACACCAUUCUUUCUCUCUCCCACCACCACCGCCGUCGUCUCGCCUCCGUCCUCUCCUCUCCGACGCUUUUCUCCCUCACUCUCCGCCACCUCCUUUCUCUCUCCCUUCCUCAGAAAACCCUCCUCAUCGCUACUCACCUCCUUUCUCUUCUCCACCCUCUCCUACUCCACCGUAACCACCACUCUCUCCCCUCCUCCGCCGCCGCUAUGAAGCUCCGGGACCUCGACGCGGUGGUGCUCCUCCUCUUUCUCUGCGAAACGCAUCAGCUAGAUCCAGAUGUUCUAGAAGCUUCAGCUGAUAAUUGGCGGGAAAUCCUCGGUGCUAUGUGCUCUGACACUAUGUUAAACAGUAUCUCCGGUCUAUGGACUUGCGACGCCGGAAUCUUGAUGCCUUACAUAGAAACUCUAGUUAGGUGCAAAAGAUUCGUCGACAUAAUGGGAGGCUACCACCACCGUCGUCUACGAGGAGAGAAAGAAGGAUAUGAAAUCCCGGCGGCUAGAGCGGCUGUGGUGGCGCUACGCGGGGUUGAGGUGUUGAACGCCGCCGGAGAAGUAGAAUGCGUGAUUUGCAAGGAAGAGAUGAGUGAAGGAAGAGAUGUUUGUGAAAUGCCAUGUCAGCAUUUGUUCCAUUGGAAGUGUAUUUUGCCAUGGCUUAGCAAGAGGAACACGUGUCCUUUCUGUAGGUUUCAACUUCCCACCGACGAUGUCUUCUCCGAGAUCCAGCGGCUAUGGGACAUCCUCGUCAAGACCAGCGAGUUACACGUGGCGUGAUGGUUACACGUGCAUGAUACGUGUAUAUGAGUAUAUCGUUAUCUAUACUAGAUGUGUCAAGUACUAUAAGUAUGUAUGUAUAGAUAGGAAUGUUCGGACCGUUUUGAUCUCUAGAAUUUAUGCUAGUUUUUUUCAUUUUGAUAAGGACACAUGUGGUUUUAGACUAAUAUGACAACAUUUCUUGUUAUAAACUGUGACAACGACGAAUUUCGUAUAUUAAAACAAUGUUUUUUUGUUGCUUUU